AUGUCUCCUUGGACUUGGCCGUUGUGGUGGCGGAUCUUGAUCCUACUCAAUGUCAGCUUUUACAAUUUGUUGGGCAAUGCUUUCGCCGCAGGAGUACCACCUCUGUUUGAGCUUAUCAUCAAGGAGUUCCACUGCACCCAAGAAGAAGCAUCUCAAUUAUCAACCUAUGUUUUACUGACCCUCGGACUCUCCAACAUCUUCGCACUCCCAGCAGCGUCCCUCAUCGGCAAACGAUAUACGAUCCUCUUAUCGCUCGUCUUAUUUCUUGCAACGAAUAUAUGGUCGGCAGAGGCACCUUCGUACUCUUCGCUCCGAGCCUCCCGUCUCUUGGGAGGCCUAGCAGGAGGGCUCAUUGAAGCUCUGGGGCCGACCAUUGUCGCGGAAACUUUCCCACAGCACCAACUCGCGAGAGCAAUGGUGGUGUACGUAGGUUUUCUGGCGGCUGGAUCUGCACUCGGUCCAGUCGUUGCUGGAGCGGUUGCACAAGGCGUGGGUGAUUGGAGGUGGUAUCAAAGAAUACUGGCUGUAGCUGUUGGUCUCAAUCUCAUGAGCUCCAUCUUUAUGCUACCAGAAACAACACACGAUGCGAUGGGAAUAAGUGGACCUGUUGCCAUAGUAGAAGACGAUGCCAAGCCUGAAGAAACCAGCGUCGAGUACGCUGAGCCUCCCGGACAUCAGUCUGAGGCCGUGGUUGAAGGGUCCCCCACCCGCAUGUGGUUAAGAACGGAGUGGAUGAAGAGAUCAUUCUCGAGCCAUUAUGUCGAGAUGAACUGGAGAGACGCUAUUCUGCGAACCAUCCAGCCGCUUGAGCUCAUCGCUGCACCUCAAGUAUUAGUCACCACGUUCGUUUUCGGUCUGACCAUUGGCUGGACGGUCAUCAUUUCCAUCCUCGUCGCCACGGUAUAUGCUCAACCGCCCUUGCUAUGGAACUCUCUCAACGUGGGGCUUCUGAGCAUCGCACCCCUGGUAGGACUGCUGGUUGGACUUCCCAUUGGAGGUCUACUGGCCGACUUCUUGUCUAAUCGCGCCGACAAAUCAUCACGCGGUCACGACCCGGCAACGAGACUGCCUAGUGUCCUCCUCGGCGCCCUGAUUAGCCCUGCUGGAUGCUUAGUUCUCGGAUACGGUCUACGGAGACCCGAAACAUGGAUCCAAGUGUGCAUUGGGUGGGCCAUGCUUUCUCUUGGCCUGACAAGCUCCGCCAACGUACUUUUGACGUACGCUGUGGACUGCUUGCCAUCGCGAGCUGGGCACAUUGGCGCUCUCGUCAAUCUAACCAAGAAUUGUGUGGCCUUUGGCGUCUCUUAUGCAUCUGUCAGCUGGAUGCAGAGUAUGGGACCUGUUAAUCAAUUCGCCGUAAUGGCAGGUCUGCUGUGGCUCGCCUAUCUUUUUGUCAUUCCAGUCUGGCUGUUCAGCAAUAGGUUGGCUCGAAUUACCACCAAGCUGGCGUGA